UAGGAAAUGGUGACAAUUUGCUAAAGAAAAAUCUGUUUGAUAUUCCAUUCCUUAUUCAGUAGCCAAAUGGACCCAUCUUGAGCACACUUUCUGAAUCUUCUUAAAAAGAAAAACUCUUGUAAACGUAGGCCUCCCACAUACAUUUUACUUGUAAGAAAAAACCUCAAGAGAUUCAGUUGCGCUUGAAGAUAUUGCGUGAAAUUGCGUGGAAAAUUUAUGCGCUGUACCUACUUCUCCUUGGCCCUCCACUCACUGGGCUAAGUUUUCCUUUGUGCGUCCGCCUACUUUUACGGCGCAUUUCAUUUUUUAUUUUUCACUCUGAAAAUUGACUUAGCAAACUACUUGAAAUGUAAAAAUGUUCGAGCGGCAACUGGAAAGUAAAACUUGCAGCAACUUUGAAGGCACACUUCAUCGCAAUCGCAGCAACAGCAGUGCUCACACCUCUUAGGGAGCUGAGCCCCAAGCGCUUGCGCAAUCGCCGCACGCAUCAGAAACGCCUCAGCGGCAGUCUGGAUCAGAUUGAGGAUAUGGGCGAUGUGUCUGGUGGCAGUUCCUGUAAUACAGCAGGCAGCGGUUGUAACGAAGCUGGUGGCGACUUAAACAGCAUGAAAUGCGGCUCCAAUAGCGAUAGCUUUAUGGGCCACCCCAGUCCCAAGCAGACCGCCACGAACAUAGCCCAAAAGGCCGCACACGAGGCGGAGCAGGCUUACGGCACACAGCAGUCCGCCGCGGCGGAGGUGUCGCACAUGGUCAAAAAACAGCUGGCGGAUAGGGCAUAUGCCGCUGCCAAGGCGGCCGAAGCGGCGCUUUCGGGCAAGCAACAGAUUGUCGAGCAGCUGGAGGCGGAGAUAAACGAUGCGGAGUCGGUCAUGCAGCAGGCGACAGACUCAAUUGCCAGCUCUCAGAAUAAUCUGCAUGCCGCUCACAAUUCGGCCAAAAAGGCGCAUCAGUUAUUUCUGGCCAUGGAGGCUAUCAUGAAGCUUGCCAAGGAGAAUCUGUGCCAAGCCAAAAACGCGGCUACCGGUGCACAGCAGGAGUUUGAUGAUAAGGCACAGCUCAUGGAAACGGCGCAGUGUCGCAUCGACACGCUCAAGAAGCGGCUUUGCGAGUCCCGCAGAGAUCUGCAAAAUAUCAAAAAGUCUGCCUACAAAGCGGUCUGUGCCGCUGCUGAGGCACGCAAAAAGGCCUCCAGAGAACGGCGCACGGCAGUCCGAAGGGGUCGCAGAAAACGACGAAUAAAACAUAAAGAGGCAGUUGCAUCUCAGUGAAAGCA